AGGGAGGCUCCCACAGACGGACCAGGGGAGUUGGAAGGGCGGCUCAGCUGAAAACCCGCACUCGGCCUCUUCCCUCUGGCCGGUACCGCGAGGAACCUGCUCUGAGGCGGAAGGGACGCACUCCGAGUUGGAGCCUAUCUUCGUCUUUUCUCAGGCCAGGAGAACGAGUCCAGGACUGGAAGGAGGGGAGUAAGACCCAGGGUCCUGAGCUACUGAGCCCUGGGGAUUGAGGAGGGGAGUCUUAUACAUCUCUAGGAGCCCGCCCAGCGCCGUGGGACCCUUCGAGAUGAGGCAGCUGCUGUUCCAGCUGGUCCUGCUGUUGGCAGCCCCGGGUGCGGGUCCCGCCGGGGCCGCCGAAGAGGAGUUGUCAGGCCUCCGGCUCCGGGGGCUGCAGCUGGCCUUGGAGGACUUCCACAAACACCCCCCUGUGCAAUGGGCGUUCAAGAAUAUCCAAAUGCUAAGCGCCUCCCACCUGGAGUUCUCAGCGGGGACGUUCGUGAAGCUGCAGUUUCGACUUCAGCAGACGAACUGCCCGAAGCGGGACUGGAGGAACUCAGACUGCAAGCUCAAGCCCAAUGGGCGGAAGCGGAUCUGCCAGGCCUGCUUCAAGUUUGACUCCAAGGAUCAGGUCCUGAAAAGGAUGGUUCACUGCCCCAUGGACUCUCCAAAUGGACGCAAGGACCUGGAGGAGGUAUGGGAGAAGCAGUGCAGCACGGUGGAGCAGGCCGGCGAGAGCCCAAGCAACUACUACUUCCCUGGCCAAUUUGCCUUCUCCCGGGCAUUGGUCCGCUCUUGAGGCCCAGCCAGGUGCUGCCUGCUCCGGUUCGCCUUAGAGCUCUCGAGUGAUGUCCGGGCUCCCGUCUCCCCCGGGUUGCCCACCUGGGCUGCUCUGCCUCAACCUUUCCCUUUCCCGAUCCCCCUUCCCCCCACAAUUUCUCCCCACCUCCCCCUUCCACCCCACAAUAAACCCGCCCGGA